CCAAUAGAAGGCUUGCCAACUCUGCUCUUCUCCCUCCAACCUUUUCAGCCGCCUAGUACGCCGUAGCUCCCGCCUCCGACACCAUUCUCUCCGCCGUUGCGCCGCCGUGCUCUUUGCAACCCCUAGGAUAAAACCGCAAAAAAUGGCCUCUAUGGGUGGACCGAAUGAUUUGUCUUCAGAGAUGGAGCUGGAUGCAUUUAGACGUCUUUUUCCUAUAUGCUUUCAUGAGCGUCACCUUCUUGAAUCUAUAAGGCCUGAUGGCCGAGCCCUUGGAAACAAUGUUGGCUGCCAUUAAACUGGAAGUCAUGACUCCAACUGCAGAGGCGCCUGAUGAAGGAUGCAUAGCCAUUGAUUUCCACAUGCCUCCAAUUUGUUCUCCACUGGUUCGCCCUGGCAGGCCAGCAGAACUAGCGCCAGUAAUAUCGAAGCAAUUAUCUGACACCAUUUUGAGGCAAGGGAUCAUUUCUGGCAUGAUAAAUCUGAAAGAUUUAUGUUUAGUGAGCGGCAAAGCUGCUUGGAUGGCCUACCUGGACAUAUACUGUUUGGACGCUGAUGGUGCCCUUUUUGAUGCAGCAUUGCUAUCUGCAGUCGCAGCCUUCUCACAUUUGCAAAUUCCUGUAGUCUCAUUCAAUGAUGACGGGAGAAUAGUUCUUAUAUCUGACGACAAUUCUGGAGCAAUGAAGGAAAAGGAACCUGUCAAUAAAGAGAAGAUAAAGCUGAAGUUGAAUAAUUUACCAUUCUCCUUAACAUGCAUACUUCACAAGAACUACAUUCUGGCAGAUCCCACCUCUGAGGAAGAGUCCAUUAUGGAAACAUUUCUGACAGUGGUGCUAGAUUCCUCAUUUCAGCUCGUGUCUCUUAACAAACCAGGUGGACCAGGUCUGGCUCAUACCUCAUCAAUCCAGGAGUGCAUAACGUUAACGAGACAACGAGUGAAAGAAGUGCAGAAGAUCUUGCAAGAAGCAAUUUCUGAUAUGGAAGUUGACUGAGAAAGUUUCCAUGGGAAUUCAUAUUAGUUGGUAGCUUUGUUUAAUUUCUUAGUUUUAAUCUUGUUUUCUUUUUCUGUUUCUUCCUAAUUACACAUUGUAGAAGAAAAACAAAGCACCCAUAAGAUUUGAAAUAUGUUGAUAGGAGGCCAGCAUUGUUUGGGAAGUCUGACUUUUUGCCCCGGAGUCAUAUAUGUAUUCUUAAAUCCAACUGCUGUUGGUUGUGUAGUUUGGUGAGAAAAAGUAUGGACUGGGGAUAAUGGCUUCGGUUUCGUUUCACUUUUUGACUGUUCCAGGAAUAGUAAAAAACAUCACCAAAGUUUUGUUUGUGA